ACUACCUUUAUCCUGUAUCAACUCUGUUUCUUUCUUAAACCCUAAACCCUCCCCUAUUCCCAGCCAAUCCCCACCCCUUAAAAUACACUAAGAAUUGGUGGGAAAAUCGUUAGAAAGCCCUAAAUUUCAUUGUCCCCGAUUUCUCAUGCAAUCCACUAUUUAUUACAAACCUUCAACUUCUCAUAAUUUCCAACUCCCAUGGAAAUCCACAAAAAACCCUGCGUUCAAAACCUUCAGAUUGUCCUCAAAAACUCUAACUUUGACCAAUUCGCUAAGACCCCAAAUCACGUUCGAGCUUGAAGGGGGUGCCAACGAUGGCUUUCAGCCAUCUAACCCGGUCAAGCUCCCGGUAGUGAUACAGAGGCACGGAAAAGUUUCGAGGUACUUUUGGGAUGGGAGUCGUGUUAGGUUGCUUCGUGUUGAUGGCGACGGCGUUGACGGCGGAGGCUCUGGGGUGCCGUUUUGUUUCGAUUUGGAUAAGGUGGUUGAAGCUUCAAGCUUGGCUAUUAGGAACUUUUUUAUUCCUAAGCAAGUCAGUGAAAAUUAUAUAGGCUAUGUGAAGUGGAAGUUUUUGCACAGGGUUUUUAGCUCUACCCUUCAAGUUCUUGCUACUCAGGCAAUGUUUCGGGCUAUAGGAAUCGGGUAUUCUCGUUCACUUACUUCAGCUGCUGCACUUAACUGGGUAUUGAAGGAUGGACUUGGACGAUUAAGCAGGUGUAUUUAUACGGCUAGUUUGGCAUCUGCUUUCGAUACCAAUUUGAAGAGAGUUAGGUUUACAACCUCGAUGCUGUUCACUUUUAGCAUUGGAGUUGAACUGCUCACUCCGGUAUUUCCUCACCACUUCUUGCUUCUCGCGUCAUUGGCCAACGUUGCAAAACAAAUGAGUUUGGCAUGCUAUAUGGCAACCAGCCCUCCCAUUCAUCGAAGCUUUGCAAUAGCUGAUAACCUUGCUGAAGUUUCUGCAAAGUCACAGAUUCAAUCAGUAUGUUUCGAUAACCUUGGACUCAUGCUUGCUGCUGUCUUGAAUAUGUUGCUCAAGAACAAUCAAAGGCUGCAAACUGGACUACCUUUCAUUCUAUACCCUAUUUUCUCAGCAAUUGACCUGUUUGGAAUAUAUCAAGGUCUGAAGCACGUCCAUCUGCAGACCUUAACUAAGGAUAGAUUAGAAAUUAUAAUCGGUUCAUGGAUUUCAUCCGGAUAUGUACCUUCACCUGAAGAAGUGAGUAAAGAUGAAGAAAUCAAUUUUAUGUGGAGCAAAGGCAAAGAGCCAUUGCGCAUCAGAAUAGGGUGCUUGAAUCCCAAGGCCCAAUUAUCCAAGUUAUCGGUGAUGACAAUGCAGUCUGUAAGUAACGAGGAUCAUUAUUUUAUAUGCACGGAAAUCUUCUACCAAGGAUUAGCAAAAACUAGAGAGCAAGGCAUCCUUCUUUGCAUACGGGAAGGAGCUCGCACGGCUGAUGUUAUAAUGGGAUUAUUGCAGGCUUGCUAUGUUUGCAAGGCACUCCGUUCAAGCAUGUGGGAAAGCACAACAAAGGCUAGUGAUUCGUCGGACUUAAUUCUCAAAGAAUGGUUUAAACUGAUCGAUGAUAGCAAGCGGUACGUACAGCAACAGUUCGGGCCGUUGAAUGAACAAAUGAUGGUACGAGGUUGGGCACUUAAAAACAUUUUAUUGAACACAGAAGAGCAGACACGGUACAGUUACAUGGAUGACUGAAACAUAAACAUUCCCUUGAAUCAAGUUGCUCUUCACAAAUCAUCGAAGAGUAUUUGGGUUCGCAUUGGUUCAAUUCUUUUUCAUUCAAGAAAAGCCAACAAUACAACCAUUUUACACAAAAUGCUUUGUUGUAAUAUUGGACAUUUGCUCUCAUUUAAUUGUAAAUAGAAAAGAUGACCCUUAGCAGUCAUAAUAAGGUACUCUUAAGUGAUUGCUGCAAUUAGCACAUCUUUAACAUACUUGAAGA